UAGCACACUGAAUACGCACACUGAAUGCCUUAGCCGGUUAUAGCUGCAGUCUUUUUGUUUGGUGUUCAGGAUGCUGCCUCAGUCCGCAACGGCGACAUCAGAGGAAUCGGAAGUUCACGUUAAGAUUGGACUCAUCUGGUCUUCCCUUUCACACACAUUUGAGCAACCCGCCGAGGUGGCGUCAGCUAUGUUGGCAGAGGGCUGUGCUGAAAGCUCAACUCUUCAGAUGCUGCGCGAUGUCAAGAGGCUAACUAGUGAAAUUGACUCGUACAAUCAAGCUGGCAUGAUGUCUGGUGAGAUCAUAGUGGAAGGCGAGCAGAGAGAAUUGUGCCUUUGGGGAUGCAAAAUCAGGAACGAAGGUAGCAUACAUGACUAUGAUUAUGAGGAGGACCACCACAUUGGUUUCCUUGAGAAUGGUGACAUUUACCACCUGAUUCGCACAAGCAACUACGGAGGAAAAAAUGGUGUCUACUACGGAUCAAUAUAUGCUCCUGCUAGUGAGAUGCGGCCCAUUGACUACGCUGCUAUAAAGACUGAUCGUGAUGUGCAUGCUCAGCGUGGCCGCCUGCAGCUGCGAAGUGGUACGUUUUCUCUAUUAGCGGACAUAAAAGUUGUGACUCCACCAUUAGUCUUCCAAACCGAAGACAGUUCUUGUGAAGUCGUUGUCACUGCCGUGGAUCUCAAAUGUGAGCGAAACGCUGGAUCUGGCUUUAUUGUUUCUGUCAAAAGGGCACAGCAAAGCAGUUGCAGCAUCCCGCGAUAUCUGAAGCACAAGAUUAUCGAAGAACCCAAGAUGCCUGAUGUGCGUCGCCUUGUAUCAGAUAUCAGCGACCUUUGCAGUAAAGUUCCUGACUUGACAGGAGGCAAGGGAUCAUCUCUGGCGGUGCUUGACUCCAUUGCCAGAGAAUUGAAGACGUUUUCAGUUCCCCGGGGAUUUAUUGUCACUACCAAUUCUUACAAGCAUUUUUCAUCAAGUGUAGAAUUUCGAAAAUUGAUGCAAGAAAUGGAGACUGCAAUGGCCAGGGAUAACUGGCGGACAGCCCUGAAAGAAGCCUGCUGCGGAUUGGUAAAUGCUCUGGAAAAUUUCAAAAUGCCUGCAGAUGUUGAAGAAACAAUUCGUCACCACUUAUCGAAGUUUGACAAGGACACACUGUUUGCUGUUAGAUCUUCAGCGUUAGGUGAAGACUCCGAGGACAUGUCAGCCGCAGGUCAAAUGACAACGCUUCUCGGCGUUCGGGGCCAAGAAAAUGUCGUCAGCGCUGUGGUGAAAUGCUGGGCAUCGCAGUUCAGUUUCACAAAUGUGAACUAUAAAAGACAAUAUGGGCAGCCUUUGGACGUCCCCAUGGCAGUAGUAGUGCAAGAGCUCGUCAAUGCUGACAAUGCUGGUGUAAUGUUCACCUGUGAUCCACUCACGGGAAACCCAGGGUACAUCACAGUGACCGCCAACUACGGUAUUGGAGAGUCAGUUGUCUCUGCCUCUGCGGAGCCUGAUACUUUCAUGCUGAAGAAGAGAGGACCCCAGAGGCCUAUCAUUGAGUCAAGCCAAAUUGGGCAAAAGUCAGUGUACACUACCUCAUCAGAGGGCGGUGGUGUGGCCACUGUCUCACUGAGUUCGGAAAAAGCCACGUGUGCCUGCAUCUCAGAACACGACGUUCAGACUUUGGCUGCUAUUGGUGCACAGGUUGAAAAGACCUACACAACACCGCAAGACAUAGAGUGGGCACUCAUGGAUGGAAAGUUCUUCAUGCUGCAGUGCCGCCCUGUCACAACAUUCUUCAGAGAGAGUGACUGCGAGAUGAUCCAUGAAUUCGACGAAGGUAUAAAGUCAGCCAAAGAAGUUUUGACCAAGGCAAAUGUAUCAGAAGUGCUUCCAGGCGCAGCGUCCCCACUGUGUAUAUCUUUGCUUCGGUGUGGCUUCGAGAUGUACGGCAGGGACACUGCCGUGCGGUUUAUGUACUCGAGCAGCCCUGACCGAUCGCAAUACAUGCCAAUGUGGGGACCAAUGCAUCGCUACAGCUACUUCCUUUGGUUGUCUGAUGGCCUACGAAAGACAGGACCGGAUGCAAAUGUCAUGGAGAAAUCAUUCAUGUACAGUAUAUUGGGACGUGACGCAAGCGAAGAAGUGGAAACUGGUGUGAAACGGUCGAGGACGAUUACUCGCUGGAAGCUUCUAGUGCAGUUUUACCACAUCGCAAAGGCGAUGCUGACUGUAAGCUAUGGUGUGAAAAACACUUCAAGAAAAACUGCCGAGCUCCAUCUGUCAGUGGACGAAACAUCAACGGCAGCGCAGAUACAUGACUACAUGGGGCGCAGCUUGCACCACCUCCGUGAGCCUGCUAUUCUUCUGCUGAAGGUGUCCUUAUCGGCUUCCUUCUACAACGCCAUCAUUCUACAUAUUCUCAGUGGUGCCAGAGGAGCGCUCGACGCCGAAGUCUUCAGUGAGUUGUCUAAGAUGUUGAGCGGCGCGGAAGCGGAGAGUGCCGACGUGCCACGAAUGAUAAAGGAACUGGGUCGAGUUCUGAGGGAGUCUCCAGAAAAAGAGAAGUUCCUGAAGAUGACCUCAGAGGAGGCAUGUCAGUGGUUGUCAACGGUCGAAAACGAAUGCGGGAAGAAGUACCGGGAAUUCAUCAAGAAGCAUGGCCAUAGAGCUGUUAAAGAGUUUGAUGUCUAUAUCAAGCCAUGGUCAUUGGAUCCUUCAACCCUUGUCAAAUCUUUAAAGGCCGCUGCAGCAUCUCCUCAGGUCGAGAGAAGGCGUCAUCCGCAUCGUGGGACGCCUCCAAGGUCCCAUAUAGCUUUCCACCUUUCAAAGUGCGGGGCAAGAGAACCAACGCUAGGACACCACUGCACCCCCAAGUGUGCCAUCUGUGACGGGGAGCACCCCACGGGAGACAGUCUAUGCAAGAAAAAACUUAAAAGCGUUGCUCCUCCCAGAAAAUCCAGGAUUGAGCAGCCAAAAAAGAGGGGAGACCAACCUGAGUGGACCUGCGAUGCCAACUCGGACAGCGAAUUCCCUCAACUGGAACUGCACAAGCAUCGGUGGUUCAGCUCGGAACGGGAGGAACAGCACCAGUCGAGAUCAAGAUCCCAAUCCCCAUCGAGUUCCAGAUCAAUAUCUCAAUCUAGGAACCAGUGGCAAAUCAACAACGGCAGCACGGUAUCUGCUCACCCUGGGUCAUCCAGCCUAAAGAAACAGAACAAAAGCGGAGGACCCCAGACCAAGACGGGCUCUCUCCAGGCCAAGGAAUCAAAAGACCCGCAAGCCGCCGGUCGGACAAACAAAAAUCAGAAAAUCGCGGAAGACUUCCCGGGCACGGAUGACGACCUCAUAAAGGCUCUCAGGGCCAGAUACAUUGGCGAGAGUGCAACCACAACAAAUUCGACAAAUCAAAUCAGUUACACGGGAGCAAAAAAUGAAAACCUAGACGCGCCGAUAACAAAGGCGGAGGUCUUUGCGGCAGCCCAGGCGGCCAAGAGGAACACAGCCCCCGGUGAGGACCAAAUUACAAAUGCCAUGAUCAGGAACCUUAGUGACAAAGUCAUAGAGGACCUAACAAAUAAAUUUAAUGAACACUAUUGGCUUAAAGGAAAGAUCCCUGAAGAAUGGAAAAAGGCCAAAAUUAUAACCAUUCCAAAACCCGGGAAGCAGCCUUCCCUGCAGGCACUCAGACCCAUAUCACUGACGUCAUGCAUGGGAAAGCUUUUCGAACGGGUCAUUCACACCAGACUUCAAAAUUUCAUAGAGGACGGGGGCCUGUUCCCGGCUACCAUGCUGGGCUUCCGCAGUCGCCUCUCGACACAGGACGCUAUCCUCCUGUUACAGGAAGAGGUCCUAAAAGGCGUUCCCACGGGUGGGGAGCAUUUGCUGCUUGCUCUCGACCUGAAGGGGGCUUUUGAUAAUAUAUCUCACGAGGCUAUACUCUCAGAGUUAAAUAUAAUUGGUUGCGGCGAAAACAUAUUCAACUAUAUAAGGGCUUUCCUCACGGAGAGGACGGCAACAAUUGGUAUCUCACAAGUAAAAUCUGAACCUUUCCAAAUGCCAAACAAGGGCACGCCUCAGGGAGCCAUCAUAUCUCCUUUGUUGUUUAACAUCGCCAUGCGUAGACUCGCGCGGGCCUUGGACGGUGUCGCGCAGCUAGGUUACACCCUCUACGCGGAUGACAUCACUCUAUGGGCCACGCGCGGGUCUCUGGCCAGCAAGGACCAGACCCUGCAGGAGGCGGCCCUGGUCGUAGAAAACUUUGCCAGAGCCAGCGGUCUCAGCUGCGCCCCCGAAAAGUCGGAGCGUGAGAUUGAGGCCGUGUCACCAUCUGUUCCCGAGGCCUGUUCUGUCGACGAGAACCGACCGCCAGUAUCGCUGAUCCAAGCCGUCGUUCGCGAAGAGCUGGCGAACGAGGGCAUUCCUCCAAUCUGCGCUUUCAACCAAGUGAUCCACAACAACGGUGGCCUCACCGACGUCGACAAGUUCACCUAUCUACGCUCAGUCUUGACCGGCGACGUGGCAUUGGCGAUCGCGGGCCUUCCAGCAACUGCGAGCUGCUACAGUGAUGCCCUGGAAAUUCUAAAGCGGCGCUUUGCUAAGGACGACUUGAUCAUUCAGGAUCACAUGCAGCGACUCAUCGACUUGCAACCCGUUCGAUCCCCCAAUGACCUUCGUGGCCUUCGAAGCCUCUACGACACUGUGCAGUCCCAGACACGUGCCCUCAAGACUCUCGGGAUAUCGGAAGAUAAUUAUUCUUCAAUGCUCUACGCCAUUCUCCUGAAAUCGCAUCCUCACGAUAUUGUCCUCGAUUUCAACAAGACCAUCGCACGCCAGAGUUUCGAGGAAAGGGGAGGAGCUGGAAGCACUGGCGAACAAGCACAGCGCACCCAGCAACAGAAGGCUGCCUUCAGGGAGCUUCGCGGCCGCCCAACGCCCACCUUCGUCGACAGCUGA